UCUCCUGCAGCACAGUGCCAAGGCAGAGUCCACCUGAUCGUGACUACAGAAUGGCCUCCAGCCCUGCUGGGGUACGUAGCCCACAGCCUUCCAGGGCCAAUGGAAACAUCAACCUGGGGCCUUCAGCCAACCCAAAUGCCAGUCCCACAGAUUUCGACUUCCUCAAGGUCAUUGGUAAAGGGAACUACGGGAAGGUCCUGUUGGCCAAGCGCAAGUCUGAUGGGACCUUCUACGCAGUGAAGGUGCUGCAGAAAAAAUCCAUCUUAAAGAACAAAGAGCAGGGCCACAUCAUGGCAGAGCGCAAUGUGCUGCUGAAGAACGUGCAGCAUCCAUUCCUCGUGGGCCUGCGCUACUCCUUCCAGACCCCUGAGAAGCUCUACUUUGUGCUCGACUAUGUCAAUGGAGGGGAGCUUUUCUUCCACCUGCAGCGGGAGCGCAGGUUCCUGGAGCCCCGGGCCCGGUUCUAUGCUGCUGAGGUGGCCAGUGCUAUUGGCUACUUGCACUCCCUCAACAUCAUUUACAGGGACCUGAAGCCAGAGAACAUUCUGUUGGACUGCCAGGGACAUGUGGUACUGACAGAUUUUGGCCUUUGUAAGGAAGGUGUAGAGCCUGAGGAGACCACAUCCACAUUCUGUGGCACCCCUGAAUAUCUGGCUCCUGAAGUGCUUCGUAAAGAGCCUUAUGACCGGGCAGUGGACUGGUGGUGUUUAGGAGCCGUCAUCUACGAGAUGCUGCAUGGCCUGGCCAGGCCCCUGGCGCAGCUGCUGUUCCCGGGCACUGAGUGGAAGUCCUUAUAG